AUGGCUGAGCCGGCGUCAAUGUCGGUUGCACCGGUGGCGACGAGUGGCGUUUCCUAUGCCUCUUACGCAGCAGCAGGAGGCCAGGGGCCUCCGACACCGAGAUGGCCACCGACGCCAGGAUUGCCCCCAAUGCCGUCGAGUCCACGGUCGUUUGUCGCCGUCGGACUGAACGAGGCCGCACUCGACUCUCCCUCCUUCCGUGCCAACACAGUGAACUUCAACGAGCAGAUGGACCUCAUCGAGAAAUGGCUCGAAAACCACGUCAAAAGCACAUCCAGACUGGUUCACGAUUUUCUGGGCUUCGAAGAGUCCAUCAACCGACACCUUGCACAGCUCACCCCGCCCCCGGGCGUGGCCGACGGCAUCAUCGACGCCGAUCAUACGCUGCUGGCACUGAAGAGGGUGGGAGAUGGGUCGCGUGACUGGUGGACAAAGGUUGUUUCUGCGGUUCGCCGUCUCGACAACAUCAAUGCCGAGCCUGUCCGCAACUUCCUCAACGGCGAGCUGCGUGCCUUCAAGGAGUCACGUCGUGCCUUGGACCAGGCCCAGAAGACGUUUGAUGCCACGUUGGCCCGCUACGUGUCCCAGGCAAAGACCAAGGAACCUUCUGCUCUGCGCGAGGACGCCUUCAGUGUGUACGAGACGCGGCGUAAUUAUCUUAAAGCGUCCAUGGACUACUGUCUGACGGCACCGCAGCUGCGCUGUUCGCUGGACAAGCUGCUCACACGCGUGUCUGCCGACUUCUGGCGGGAGAUGAAGCGUGCACGCGACACUAACUCAAGCUCUCUGAUGUGGGGCGACGAGAUGGACCGCAUUCGUGGCUGGUCCAAGGAGCUGGAGCUGUCCGAGGCUUCGCUCAGACGGGAGCUCCAGAUGACGCGGCGGGAGAUUGGAGACACAGCCAUGGCUUCGACCAAGCCGUCACGAGAGCUAGAUGACUACAGCUCGUCUACUGUCCCCUUCCUAGGGUCACGAGGGCCGGUAAGUGUUCGGCCGACCAAGGAGAGCCAGACGGCCAAGAUAUCCGAGAAUCAGGGCUGGCUUUUCACGCGGACAAUUUCGGGAAAGCCGGCGCGUGUGAGCUGGGUGCGUCGUUGGUACUACUGCCGCGACGGUAUCUUCGGCUAUCUGGUGCAAGGCCCGCAUGGUGUGCUGCAGGGCGAUGACAUUGGCGUACUGUUGUGCAGCGCUAAACCAGCCGUACAAGAGGAGCGCCGGUUCUGCUUCGAGGUCAAGACGAAGAGCCUAAACAUGUUGCUGCAGGCCGAGACGCAGGGCCAGCUUACCGAGUGGCUCGAAGUGUUUGAUGUGGCCAAGAAGAAGGCUUUCGAGACCAGCAUGACACGCGAUAGCAGCCCGCAAGCUCCGGGCAGCAUUGACCCAGCCUUUUCGAUCGCGCCGCCGCCUGUUUCCGAGUUCUCCGCCCGCGUUCUCGACGGCGCCCCCAAUCCGGAAGACUCCAGCACAUCGGUGACGUUUGACCGCUCGGGCGCGCUCCCUGUGCCUGGUCUUGCUUCCGACGGGCUUGCUUCCCGCAGCAGUUUCGACCUCAGCGUGGUUCUGCCGCGGCGCUCGAUCACGGUGCUGGGACAAGAGCUGAAGCGCGAAGAGGGCGAGAGUAGCCGUGAGCACGCGGCGCGAAUCAUACAAAAGUUGGACUUGCACCGGAAGGCGACCUUUGGUUCGGGAUCCGGCGUCGAAAAAUCCACCGGAGAGUCGGCCAGCAACGGCGGUAGCACGUCUGGCAGCCGCAGCACAGGAAGCAACGCCCCGCCACAAGCGGGUGCAAACGGCGGGAUAGCCAGUCUGAUUUCUGCCAGUCACAAUGCUUUCCCUGCCAACCCGUCAUCCAAUGUGGCGCCGAUGCCGAGCCCGACGGUCCCGACUAUUGUGGCACCACACCUCCCCCAGCAGCCCGUUCUGCUUGUCGGUGACUCCCACCAUACAGCUCUGGCUCCUACGACGAACGUCAAGUCGCCGAUGGUGACGUUUUUGAGCAAGAUUGCAGUGACGGCAAGCAGCGAGCGGGUGCUGAAUCGAUUCGGAACGUCGGCCGGCCUGCCGGCAGGCAUCCUGGCCAACUACUGGGGAAGCAACCUCUGGGGCUCUGGGUUCGUGUCGAAUGGUACGGAUGCAACGCACAGCUCCAGCGCUCUAGAUGCUAUCAUCGAGUCUGAAGAUGGGCACGGCAGUGCAGGCGGCGGUCCUGGAACGCCGACGACGACAUCGAUGCCGUCAGGCCAUAGGAAGACUCUGAGCGUGGAAGUGGCGAAGAUGUCGGAUCCGAGAGUGGUGGACCGGCCGGCAGCAGAAGUAUUUCCUGCAGGCUACCCUAGCGAACUGAGGGGCCAGCACGCGCAAUUCCGACUGCUCUUCCCGACGGUGCCGCUCCAUGAGAAGCUCGUGCUCGUGUUUAACGCGGCUUGGUCGAGCGCCUCCGAGGAGGGGGCAACGAAUCAGGGGCUCAUUGGCAGCGGGCGCGUGUACGUGACGUCGGACAACAUGUACUUUUACAGCCAGACAAUGGGCCUGGUGGUGGCGUACUCGGUCAGCCUGGAUAUCAUCAGCGAGGUGACGGCAGCUCCGGGCAAGGAUUGCGACUACAUCUUCCUGCACCUGGGAUCGGACACGAACGAGACCGGGUUCACGCGAAUCACGAUCAAGACGUUCCUGGAAGACAUGUAUCUCCUGCAGGCGCGGCUCAACCUCCUGAUCGACGACCUCCAGGCGGCCGAGCCGAUGGAGCUGUCGGACAUCGUCACGUCGCUCUACAACUUGGACAGCGAGGAGUUGGCGGUGAAGAGCCCGAGCGUUGGCAGCUGGGAGGAGGUGUCGGCGAUGACGCCGAUCGACGAUGGCACAUCGACGGGGCGAGCAGUGUCGCACCGGCAUCAGCACGGCCCGGGCAGCCGACAGCUGACGAGCGCGAUGAACCGGGCAUUUCCGCGGCCCAGCGCCAAGGUGCAGCUGCCGUCACAGCCGGUGAUCUACGAGCCAGAGGGGAUGUCACGGAAGGUGGCGGAGAGGCACUUUGAGAUCAGUGCCAAGGCGUGCUUCCACGUGCUGUUUGGCGACAAGUCGUUCAUCUUCGCGAAGCUGUACUUGACGCGGCGGGCGCAUGACAUUACGCAGGGCCCGUGGACGUUGGUGGACAAGGGAGGCAUGCGGCGCAAGUUCCAGUUCAAGAUGGAGGCGGAGACGAUUCUGGGGCGGGCCAGAGUGGCAGACGUGACGGACGAGCAGCAGAUCGAAGUGUUCAGCGACCAUGUGACGUACGUGGUAACGCAUAUUCGGACGGCGUGGCACAUGCCUAGCUCGCAGGCGUUCAAGGUGGUGGUGAUGGUGGUGAUCACACACGUGGCCAAGUCGAAGUGCAAGCUGGCGGUGUAUACGCGGGUGGACUGGAACAAGGCGCUCAAGUUCUCGCGGAUGCUGAUCGAGCGGCAGGUGCUGGACGAGGCAGGCCGGGACGCGGAGGAGCUGGCGGAGCUGGCGACAGACGAGGUGCGCAAGCUGGGGGCACACAGCCGGACGAAGCGGGCGAUCCAGGUGUAUGGCAGCAUCGGACAGCAGACGCAGGCGGUACUGUUCACACCGGGCAAAGGCGAGACGCUCAAGCGGCCGCUGGUGAAGCCGCGAACGCUGACGGGGAUGGUGCUGGAGACGUCGGGCAGCUUCAUGGAGUCGGUGGCGUCGAGCCUGGUGAUGUGGUCAUUUGCGGUGCUGCGGAAGCUGUUCCACGUGGCGACAGCACACCGGCUGAUCCUGGCGGUGCUGGCGCUGAGUCUGAUGACGAACGCGUUGUUUUCGGCGCGAGAGACGACGGCAUGGUGGACAGAGCGACACGCGGCACAGUUCAUGACGCGCAUUGGCGUGGGGCCGAACACGAUGAUGAGCCGGGCGGUGUACGUGGUGGACCUGGAGGAGGCGUCGCAGGGAAUGGCCAAGGGACAGGCGAGCCACCGGCCGGAGAACAGCAUGUGCUACGACACGUUCCGGGCGAUUGCGAACACGACGGACUUGGACGCUCCAUCAGAGGAAGCGGGCACGCUGCUGGGCUCGACGACGAGCCGGGCCACGGCGCAGCGGCUACGGCGAGGACGACAGAAGCUGGGGUCGUACCGUCACGACCUACUAGUGGCGAUGCGGGUGGUCAACAGCGUGGAGCGGGAGAUGGUGCAGGCCGAGUGGGAGACCUGGCUGGCGGACGAGAACAUGCGGUGCGACCGAGCGCGGCUCAUGCUGGAGGCGAAGAGGGGAGAGGUAGAGCGGACGGAGAAGGCAGAGAAGAUAGGGAAGAAGGGGAAGACGGGAAAGACGGGGAAGACAAAGGAAGUGGCAUCGACGACAGCGAGAGCGACAGCAAGGCCCGGUCCAGCCGACGAGAAGCAGAUGGUGAUGCUUACGGAGCGGUACGAAAGGUACUGUGGGAGCUGCCAUGCGGAUUUGAGCGAGCUUGAACAAGCUAGUUGGCGACAGUCGAUGGUGUGA